CAUUCUACCACGGAAGAUAAGGAAUUUUUUCUACCAUCCCUUCCCAUUUCUAACUUGUCUCUUGAAAAGCCUAUUUCACCAUCCAUUUUUGAAAAUCCUCCCGAAUAUCCUCCCGAACCCAUUCCUCAAGAAACAACCAACUCUACUCUUGAAAAUGUGAGAUUUGGUAAAGGAAAAGUGUUCACAAAGAAGAAGAUAGAUGCUCCCGAAUCCGGCCGAGUCCAAGAAUCCAACCCAAAUCCCGAGAAUGAGCUAUCGUGUUCAGCUGAGCAGCCACCCAUGAAGAAACCAGAAGCAGAUGACUCACUGUUUUCAUGGCAAGGUGCAGUGAAGCAAUCAUAUUUUUCAUUGGCUGUGUGGGCCCAUUACUCAUGA